CUUCAAAAUGCGGCCAUCACAUCAGCUUUUAUCAGCGGUAUUUGCCAUUGCCGUCGGAUGGGCUUUGGGCGAAAGUAUCGGCCCAUCCCCACGGGUUGGUAGCGAGGAUGAUAACCCCUGCCAGAACGUGCGCCUGUCGGGCUUCGUAUGCCUAGACUGCAACACCUUGGGGUACUGUAUCCACGACUCCAGUGACCAGUGGCAGACAGUUUCCAUGCUAGAGUGCCAGUCGGACCAUAGCUUCUACUGCAGCGACGAGGGCACCUUUGGAUGCACCUGGCAGUCCAAGUGCCUGGUGCCGCAGCGUGGGCCCUUCAGCUGUCAGCAGCCGGGUGUGUUUCCAGAUCCCUACGACUGCCGUAAGUAUCACGAGUGCAGUGCCCUAAACGUGGACACUCCGCGGCAGUGCACCAAUGGAGCCGGGUACUCCACACUGACGGGAGACUGUGUCCUGCCUCGGGAGAGCGAUCAGUGCACGAGUCAGCAGUACAGCUGUAGUAAAUCCGGCCAGAUUGGAGCGUGGCUGGGUGACUCUCGUUUCUACUACAUUUGCAUGAGCGAUGGAUCCACCUCCUUCUAUCCCCUAUUACUGAAGUGCGACGACGGGUAUAUCUUCCAGAACCACGGAUGUGUUGUUAGCAGCCGCAACCUGGAGUUGCAAGCGAAAGAGACUCCCAAGUGCAUCGGCAACUACAACUACGAGUGCUCCACCGAAAACGUUUGGGGAAACUCCUACUGCAAGUGUGUUGAUGGAGAGUUAAAGGCCAGGACCUGCCCUGCAGGCUACCACUUCGACCCCAAGAUCCUGGCCUGCCGGACAGAAAGCGGAAUCUAUGAUUGUCGCGACUUCGAGGUGAUGAUGUGCCCCAAUAACCCCGCCAAGGAUGAGUACUGUCUCUGCAUGAGCUCGCAGCUCGAAGUAAGGAGCUGCCCCAAGGGAGAAGUCUUCAACGAAUAUGCCCUACUAUGCUUGAGCAUGGACGAAGAUGAGAAAAUAAGAUUGGCUCAAGAAGCUCUUAGAAUAGCCCAUUCGUAGAACUAUACCGAUACUAUAGUGUCAACUGGGUUUCAAAGUAAUUAAAAUUAUUUCUGCACGGCGAAAAA